GUAGAUUAGAGCAGUAGCACAUACCUUGGACUGGGAUCGGUCGUUCCUGCUUUCGGUUGAUUACAUACGGAUCGGAUUUGUGUCGCGUUUUAUGAAUUUCGAACGGAAAAGGCCGACAUCUUUUUUUCUUCCAUCUCAUAUCGGCUGAGUGACCGCCAUAUUGAAGUGAGACAAAAGAUUGCAAAGUGCGAUAUUUUUGGUGCGUGGAGUGAAUUGGAAAAUUAUUGGUCCCCAACGGGGCAACAGCCUAGUAGAUUCGGAAUCGGAACGGAGUUCCGAUAAGCGGGAAUCGAUUGAGACCGGAGCAAAUUCCGGUUCCGGCCUGUAAUUCAGAUAAAAAGAAGUGUUUACGCUGUCGUUUGAUUGAUUUUCUUGAUUUCAACUUUACUGCCUCAUCAUUCGUUCAAAAAAGGAAUAAAAAUAUUUGUGAACUAUCGUUCUUUUUUCGGCUGACCAGUAAGCAAAUACGGCUUGGAAAUGGAGGGGUCAACGGCCUUCACCGGACCGAUAAUGUUCACCACCAACAACAUUCAGGCGGGAACACCGGUCGGUAUCCAAUAUCAGACGGCCGACGUCAACAAACAGGUCAAAAUUGAUGGUCAGAAGGCGACCCAGCAGACGCCGGAAUUUUCGACGUUCUACGCCAACGUCAACAUGAUCCAAAAGUUGACACCAACCUCGCAAGCGUUGAGCACGGUGAACUUGGCCCAGCUCGCCGAUGACACCAAAACGGUGCAGUAUCUGCAACCGUUUAGCUACGCCAACUGUGCGCUGGUGAAUCAGAUGCAGAUUCCAAACGGAGUCACCGGAAUAACGGUUGAUGGGCGACAGCUGGUGGUGAACAAACCCAUUACUACAUUUCAGAACACAAUCUCAAACAUAAGCUUCAAAUGUGAUGUUUGUGGUUUGAUGUUCAACCACCUGACCUUGCUGAACCAUCACAAGCGUACGCAUAAUCAGGAUGGUGAGCCUACUUCCGAUGCCAUUACUGUUGUUACGCAACCGCAGAGUUUGGUCCAGGCCCAGAACAUCAUUUCGGAAACCGGACAGAAUCUAGGUCAAAUUCAGAUAGUCGCAACCGAAGCCUUGGAGCCAGCUCCCCAACAGGCCCAGCAACAACUGGAACAGCAACAACAACAGCAUCAUCAACAACAACAGCAACAGCAGCAGCAACAACAACAACAUCAGCAACAACAGCAACAUCAACAAGUGGUCCAGGUGACUCAGACAAAAGCCGAUCGCAUUCAGAAAUGUAUCACCUGUGGUGGUCCCAUUCAAAACAACCCGAAACGGAAAGGACCCAAACUGAUCCGUUGCGAAGGAUGCAUCAGCAACGAUAACGCUCAAACCGUUACCAGACCUACGCAAAUUUUCGUUGCCCCCGAUGGUGACAUCAAGUUUGAGAUCGGAGAAAUUCCGCCGCACUCGAACAGCAAUUCCUCGAUGGAUUCAGUAAUGCCGACGCAAAUUACUACCAUCAAAACGGAGCAUGUGGCCCCGGUUUCGAUACCUCAACCGCAGCAGCCACAGCAGCAGCCAGCCCAUCCGGUCAAGAAACGCAACAUGGCGACCGUCACAAAAUGUACCAAAUGUAACGGUUCCGGUGUCAUAAUCGUCGGGGGACCCAAGAGCAAGGUCUUACAGCAGCAGCAGCAACAACAACAACAUCAACACCAGCAAGCGACCAUCGUGCAUCAACAACAGCAACAGCAAUCAUCCGCUCAAGAGAAGCCAUUUACGUGCAACACUUGUGGGGGUCGAUUUUCACGGUAUUCCAGUCUCUGGUCGCACAAAAAACUGCACUCGGGCGAAAAGAAUUACAAGUGCAACGUGUGCGGGAUAGCUUUCGCGAAAGCCGUUUACCUGAAGAAUCAUACCCGGAUACACACCGGCGAAAAGCCGUACAAAUGUGGAACGUGUGGCAUGCAGUUCUCACAAUCCCCUCACUUGAAAAAUCACGAAAGAACGCAUAGCGGUGAAAAGCCGUAUGUUUGUGAGGUUUGUGAUAAAGGAUUCGCCCGGCAUGCCACCCUCUGGAACCACCGUCGUAUACACACCGGGGAGAAACCGUACAAAUGCAACAGAUGUCAAUCGGCGUUCAGUCAGGCUGCGCAUUUGAAAAAUCACGAAAAGGUCCAUUCCGGAUUAAAACCGUUCAAGUGUGACAUUUGCUCUGCGGCAUUUGCUGACCGAUUUGCCCUGAAAAGGCACCGAGGGAUUCACGAGAAAUAUGGUCAAACGGCGCCACUCCACCAGGGUCAAGUCCACAAGGAGGAAAUCAUCGAAAUGGAUGAAAAAUCCGGCGAAGUUAUCAUUGGCACAAUGUAAACUGUUGAAAGGGGAAGGUCUAUUUGCUUAGAAAGAGUUUCAGCUGUUGUCUUUUGACGUUAUCAUGACGGCAUUUCUAUGAGAAAAUAUUUCUGACAGUGAGAAAUGUGUUGCGAUGGUACUUUUCAACAGUUUCGGAGAAGCUUUUAUCACGAGCGGUCGAUUCACGUUCGAAAAAAUUACUUUCGAAGAAGCCAUACAUAUAACAUUUGGUAGGUAUUCAUUUUAUAAUUUUAUCAAAUUACACAGUGAUAAGUGUUUUACCACGAUGGAACGGAUCGUAAGCAGAAAAAACUUAAUUAAACAAUCGAAACCAGAUAUCAGUGUAGUUUUAUCGAGUAUCUUCAAUAGGUAUUUAUAAUCACCGAAGAAGGGUCGCGUAUCAAAACUUUUCAUUUGAUAACGCUUCAAAAUUGUAUAAAAAAUUUACCAAGUUUAUCCCACAGAAAGAAAUAAUUUUAUUUAUACAAAAUCUAUAACAAAAGACGUUUAUCGUAAGAGGUAUGAAAAGAUUGUAAAUAAAUUGAAAAAUCUAUAAGAAUAUAAAACAAACGCAGCACCCUGUAGAGGCGGAUACGAUUUCCUAUUUUCAUUUUGCUAUAACACCGCUCCAAACUGAUGUUCGUUAGCAUGCAGAGCGCUGAACCCGAAUGUUAAUUUUAUUUAAAACAAAUAAGUCUCUAGUUUUGUAAGUCUUGUUAACGCUUUCACAUCUCGGUGGUUAGCAAUCAAAACCGUACAAAUUAGUAAACGAAAAAAACGUAUAGAUUUUUUUUUCUUAAUUUUAAUUCCUCCAAUUUUCAAAUGUACAUAGAGAUAAAAUAUGUAUCUGUUUAUUUUGUUGUAUUGAUGCUACUAUAAUAUAGUGUAUAAAUGGCAAUAAUUUUUCGUAAUAAAAUUU